AUGGAUGAAUUGCAAGAGGCUGUCCGCCUUGCUCAAACAGCUCUCGACGCUACCCCCAAAGACCACCCCGAUCUGCCAUUACGGUUAAGCUCUCUAGCCUAUGCCCUCGCAGCUCAAUAUAAUCGAAAUGGAAACUUAGAGGAUUUGCAUGAGGCAAUCCGGCUAUCAAGAGCAGCCAUCGACGCUACCCCAGAUGACGACCCCGAUCUACCACACUGGAUCGGUGAACUAGGGGCGCACCUAUUACCUCGAUAUCUUCGCACCGGAGAUUUGAGUGAUUUACAGGACGCAGUGGGCCAUAUGCGAAGAUGCGUGGAUGCGACCCCGAAAGAUGACGAGUAUCUAGCAUUACGGUUAAAUAAUCUUGCCAGCGCCCUCUCAAUGCGAUAUGAUCGAACUGGAAAUUUGGAAGAUGUGCAAGAAGCAAUCCCGCUAGCACAAAGGGCGGUCGACACUACCCCAGAAGAUGACCCCGAUCUACCACACUGGUUAAACCAACUAGGGAUUGCCCUCUCAUACCGAUAUGAUCGAAUUGGAAACUGGGAUGAUCUGCAGGAGGCAGUCCGCCUCCUCCGAAAGUCAGUCGACUUUACCGAAAAAGAGGACCCUGCUCUACCAAAUCGACUCCUUAAUCUGACGGGCAACCUAUCAACCCAAUACAGUCGAACUAGUAACUUGGAGGAUUUAAAUGAAGCAAUCCGGCUGGCCGAAACAGCCGUCGACGUUACUCCAGAAGAUCACCCAGAUCUACCAUCCCAGAUAAAUAAUCUCGCAGAGCAUCUCUCAAGCCGUUACAAUCAUACUGGAAACUCUGAGGAUAUACAUAAAGCAAUUCGGCUGGCCGAAACAGCGCUCGAUGACACCCCAAAAGAUCACCCAGAACUAGCGGCCCGGUUGAGUACUUUAGCGACUUACCUCUCAACCCGAUAUGAAGGAGAAGGAGAUCCAGAUGAUUUGCAACGGGCAAUUCUGGCUGGCCAAAGGUCCAUCGAUGUUACACCCAAAGACCACCCCGAUCUAGCUUUCCGGUUCGGCAACCUCGCGGGCAUUUACUCAACUGGUUAUGAGCAAACUGGGAACUUCGAAGAUUUGCAAGAAGCAGUCCGUCUUGGACAAAUGUCACUUGACAUUACCCCGAAAGACCAUGUCAAGCUAGCAAGCCGAUUAAAUAACCUAGGAAUCUAUCUAUCGACCCGAUAUGAUCGGACAGGAGACUUGAGUGAUUUACAGCAGGCAAUUCGCUUGGGGAAAAGAGCAGUCUCUACUACUCCACGCGACAACCACCCUGAUGUAGCACUUUUCUCAAUUACUCUGGCUACCAACCUCUCAACCCGAUAUGACCGAACUGGAGACUUGGAUGAUUUGCACGAAGCAGUUCGGCUAGCAGAAGCAGCCAUCGAUAUUAUCCCAGAUAACCAUGCUGAUGUAGAGCACUGGCUCCAUAGUCUAUCGGUCUUUCUCUCAACCCGGUAUCAUCGAACUGGAGACGUCAAAGAUUUAGAGGAGGCAAUCCGGCUGGCUAAAAGGGCCGUCGCCACUACUCCAGAAGGCUAUCCCGAUCUAGAAAAUCGACUGAUAAACCUGGCUAGCAACCUCGCAACCCGAUUUGAGCAAUCUGAAACCUCAGACUUGGAUGAUAUACAGCAGGCGAUUCAGCUUACCCAAAGGGCUGUCGAUAGUACCCCGGAAGACAACCCAGAUUCACCACAUUGGUUGAACAACCUAGCCAUUUACAUCUCAAAACGAUACAAACGAACUGGAAAUUUGGCUGAUUUACAGGAGGCAAUCCCAGUUGCUCAAAAGGCCGUUGACAACACACCAGAAGAUCAUCCUGAUCUGGCACCCUGGUUGAAUAAUCUAGCGAUCUAUCUUUCAAUCCGAUACGAACAUACACAUCAGCAGAAUGAUAAGGCCGCAGCUCUGAAACACUUCUCACAAUCGCUCGAUUCCAACAAUGCAACUCCACGCCACCGCAUCGAAGCUGCCCGUCGAGCGAUCGAUCUUCUUGUUCCAGAUGGCGACUUUGAUAGAGCUCAGUUGCUAGCCGGAAAAGCACUCGAUCUCCUGCCUCUGGUAUGCAGCCGCUACCUCUCUCGGGAGGACCAGCAGUAUGCCAUUCAGCAAAUGUCAGGUCUAGCUGCCGAUGCAUCCUCUCUUCUCCUCCGAACAGACAACGAUCCAGCUCGAGCUCUGGAGUACCUAGAGCAUGGUCGGGGCCUCAUAAUUGGAUAUCUCAUCGACAGUCGGGGUGACAUCUCCGAUCUAUCCACCAAACAUCCCAAAGAAGCGAAUGAAUUCGAUCGGCUGCGCCACAAGGCGUUUAUGCCUAUUCAGCAAGAAGUCCAGCUUGAGGCUCGUCGACAAUUGCUCGAAGAACGUGAAGAUGCCGUAGCACGCUUAGAAAACUGUCUAGAGGAUAUCCGGAGACUAGAGGGAUUUGAUCGAUUCCUUCUCCCCCCUUCUUCCGAAGCUUUACAAGCAAACGCAACCGAUGGGCCGAUUGUGGUGGUAAAUGUCACAUCCAUCAGCAGUGAUGCGUUGAUUGUUCGUCCUUCCGGAAUCAAGCACAUUCCAUUACCCAACUUUGAUAUCUCAAAAGCGAACCAAUAUCGAUCCUGGGGACUCACCCGCAGCCCAUCGAGAUUGAUUGAGCUGAAAGAGAAAGGAGGGCCGAGUACCUUUGAAAAACUGCUACGUGAUCUGUGGUCCGACUGUGUCCGCUUAGUACUGGACGAGCUAGGCUUCCUCUAUCCUACAAGCGACACACUCCCUCGCAUUUGGUGGAUCGGCACAGGCCUCGCCGCCUCCCUUCCCUUCCACGCAGCAGGCGAUCAUUCACCAGGCUCCCUCGAGAACGCCCUAAGCUGCGUCCUCUCCUCAUACACACCAUCAAUCAAAAUGCUCCAAUUCGCAAGGGAAAAGACACGCACGCUAAACACACAGUCCGUGUUACUAGUCACAAUGCCAAAAACCCCCGGCGAAGACGACCUCCCCGGCGUAAUGGCAGAGAGCCAAGCAAUCCAGGAAGCCGUCACAACACCGCAUACAGUAAAAUCAUUAAUCCAGCCCAGUGCCGAGAAUGUUCUUCAUGGACUCCAAGACUGUAGUAUUGCACAUUUCGCAUGUCACGGAUCAUCAGAUAUGAACGAUCCCUCGAACAGUUUCCUGGCUCUUCAAGGACAGGAUUCCGUCGACCGUCUUACCGUGAAGAAAAUCUCCGAGUCACAUAUGAAGCAGGCUUGGCUUGCGUACCUUUCUGCUUGUUCCACGGCGGAAAAUCAGACAUCUGCUUUGGCGGAUGAAGCACUCCAUCUUGCAAGUGGGUUUCAGGUUGCGGGCUUUGCGCAUACGGUUGGGUCGAUGUGGUCGUCGAACGAUGAAAUUUGUGUUCAGGUAGCUGCUAUUUUUUAUCGUGAGCUUAUUGCUGAGGGGGGAUUGGUUGAGGGUAAUCGGGCUGUUGCAACGGCGUUGCAUACGGCUGUUAUGACUGUUCGGGAAGAGAAUUUGGGGAGGCCAUACCUUUGGGCGCAAUAUGUUCAUUUUGGUGCUUAA